AUGGCAGUCUACAAACGGGGGGAUCGUAAAUGUUCUGGCGGUCCUCAAGAUUGUGACAAGAAAGUUUUGAGGUCUUGUGUUAGGUGUCGAAAGAAUAAGACGAAAUGCGAUUCGAUGGAGACGAGACCUGAUCCGUGUACAAGCUGUGUAAGGAAAGGUGUUGAAUGCGAGUUGGAUUACGUCACACCCCCUCAGAGGUCUAAGGAGAUGAAAUCGCUGUAUGAGAACAUUAGAUUUGCCAGUGAUAGAGUUAACAGUCUUUGCAUGGUUUAUGACGAUUUUUCAAAGAAGUUUAACGUGGGAGGUUUAAGAAAGCCUGGGAAAGAUGUUGAUUGGAAUGAGUACCCGACAAGGAUUUUGAAAGUGAAGGAUCAGUUUUUCAGUUUUAACUUGAACCCUGUGGAUGAAUCGUUGUGUAUCAAUAAUUUCAGGAUCAAGAGUGAAUUUUUGAACAAAUGCUUCAAAAAUGUCAGGGGAGUAGUAUGGGGGUUGAUCAAGAUAUAUUUUAAGUGGGAGAAAAUAGGUGAUCGUCAUGAGGAGAAGGCCCGAAGGUUUGUAUCAGAAUUCAGUGCAAGAUAUUUAUUACAGAAGAACCAAUUGUUGUUGUUAUUGUGCAUAUUAAAUUUUUAUUAUGAUAUUCCCGGACUGAAGUAUUUGAACAUAUUCGAGUACGUGAUUGAUAGUUACUACGACGGUGCAUUUGGUAAUGGUGAGGUUAAGGAUGAAGACAAGGAUGAGGGCAAAACAUUAUUGAGUAAAUCCGCGUUAUCCAAGAUCGUUGUUGGAAAUUUACCGAAUGCCCAAUUUCACAGUGAAUUAUUUAUUAAGCAUUUUACCAUUUUCCUGUUCUUGAAUAUCGUUUUCUAUGGACCAGAAUAUUUCAUGAAUUGCUUCAUGGAUAAGUACAUCAGGACUUUGGAAUUUUUGAGGAAAAAGAUCAAUUUCGAUAAAAAUUGGGAAGUCAAAUGGGUGAAUUUCUACAUUAGACUGUUAAAUUUGGUGGAAGGUGUCGUACCGCCUGUGGAAGGUGGUAAAUACGCGGUUGAAGAUGAAGAAAUUGAAUUUUUAUUUUCUUUAGUGAGGCAGGACCGUGAAGCAGAAGGUAGGAUCAAUGUGACUUUGGAUUGUUUUAUUUGUCUUGUGAAAUUUGAUCAAUAUUUAAUCGAGAGGAGAGAAUGGCCUGCCAAUAAACAAAUAUGUAAGCGUUUCAGCUACAUGUGCGAGCGACUGAAUGCCGAUCUUUUGGGGAUAUUUGGGGUGAGACAGUCUGAUAGAGAGGAAAUGGAGAGGUUUACCUUUGUUCAAUUAUUCUUUACGCAGUUAUUAACUUUGAACAACCUUUUGUGCGUUAAUUACUGCGGAGGAUCUAUGGAGCUGUUUACAGAUGUAGGUUGGUUUAAUGGAUUCAACUAUGAAGUGUACGAGCUUUUCCCACAAGAGUUGGUAGAGGGUGAAUAUAGAGACCUAGAGAUUGAGAAUGGAUAUUAUUGUUGUCAGUCCAAGUAUGAUUUUCUAAAUAAAGUGUUAAAGAAGGAUAAGAGCAUGAGCGUUAAUGAACUUGUGUUAUUAUGCGUGGAAGUGUCCGUUGGCAGACACUGUUUAAAAAUUGAUAGUAGUAAUGAUGUGCUAGGGAUGGUGAGUCAAGAGCUGGAAACGUUUUAUAGAAAUGAUGAUAUGAAUUUGAAGAUACUGAAAUCUUCGUGUCGAUUGGUAUGGUUAUUAUAUGAAUAUGUUGUGUUUUGGGAUAUGCUCAAUCGUGUUAUAAUCUAUGAACCAUUUGUGUGGAAUGCGCAAUUGGUUUUGGAAAAUAAUGGAUUGUUGUCCCAGAAUGGUGACUGCAGAUCUUAUCAUUAUAGCAAUGGUGUAGUUGAUAUGCCGUAUGGUAUGGACGUUGUUGACUAUGAUGAUGAGAAUAGGAAUAAUAGAAGGGAAGUUGAGCCUGAGUCGGUGGAUCCAGAAACGGUAGAGGCGGCACCUCGGAACGGUGGUGACACUGAUGCUGUUGUGAGAUUGGCCGAACCGGAGCAGUCAGGCGAUGCUGGGGAAAGGUUAUCGUUAAAUGGUGGUAUUAACCGCAUUUUGCAAAAUGUGGAUUGGGUAAAGGAAAGCGCGGAUGAAGUUUUUGAAAAGAUUCACAAUGUUCUUAACUGA